UCAGUGUGUCUCACUCACAGGUGACAUAACCUGCAUUUUUUCCAGACAUGCACAGAUCAGCUCAGAGUCUUGGCUCAGAAACUAAUGCAUCUGUGGAACAGGAAGUUCUUCCCAGCCUGAUAACAAAGUUCCCCGAGUUUAAUCGGACAGACAGAGGAGGUAUAAGAGAGCCGAGCUGAGCCAUGAGAGUGUUUCUGUGUUUACAGACUGACACCAUGUUGCAGACUCUGGUCCUCCUGCUGCUGCAGCUCGUAUACGUUUUCGGGUGUGGAACCCCUGCUGUCAAACCUGACAUCAGCAGGGUGGUGAACGGAGAGGAUGCUCGCGCCCACAGCUGGCCCUGGCAGAUCUCCCUGCAGGUGAAGCACGGCAGCCGUUACCACCACACCUGUGGAGGGACUCUGAUCGGACCUCGCUGGGUGCUGACUGCUGGACACUGCAUCUGGCCUGGAGAUGUGUACCGCGUGGUCCUGGGAGAGCACAGCAUGAGUCAGCAGGAGGGCACCGAGCAGAUCAGAGAUGUUCUGCGUAUCGUUGUGCACCCACAGUGGGAUAUCGACUUUGUAGCUCGUGGAAACGAUAUGGCGCUGCUGAAGCUGGAUAAGAGCCCCAUCAUGAGCGACAGCGUUAGUGUCGCCUGUCUCCCUCAGGCUGGAGAGAUCCCCGCACACGGAGAGCGCUGUUUCCUCUCUGGCUGGGGAAACCUUUACAGUCAUGGUCCCAUGCCUGAUAAGCUGCAGCAGGCCCUGCUGCCCGUGGUGGAACACAGCGUGUGCAGCCGCAGCGACUGGUGGGGCGGCAACGUCAAGCAAACCAUGAUCUGUGCCGGAGGAGACAUCGUGGCUGGAUGCAACGGAGACUCCGGCGGUCCUCUGAACUGUCUGGGUCAGGACGGCAGGUGGUACGUUCAGGGUGUCACAAGCUUCGUCUCCUCCAGUAACUGCAACGAAGUGAAGAAGCCCACCGUGUUCACCCGUGUCUCCGCCUUCACAGACUGGCUCAGUGAGGUCAUGCUGAAAUACUGAAGAACUUCUCCACACACCUUUGAUCAACGCUAUAAAAGAUGAGCUCCAGAGAUUCUCUGUUUUUAAGUUUCUAAUCACAGAAACAAAAUGUCAGAGUAUGAAAUAAUGCAAUAUAUAUUUGAUUAAUUGUCCCGCAUAGAAUAAACCUCUGUGUGCCUUUUA